UUAUCAGUUAUGCUGAGAGCGUUCUCCAACCCUGGCCUGAAACAACAACCCAACCCCUCCGCGUUGUUCAACUGGUCGUUCAGAACUGCCCCGUUUCCGUUUAUUUGAACGAUGCCCAACGUUUUUUCAUACUGAACGCGGUCCAGGUCUCUCUUCUAUGAAAUCCAUUUGGACUAUUUGCUCCAAGUACAGUCUUGAAGUCAGCUUAGAAAUGAAUUCGUCAGCGCUUUGUGCUUUGGUUAUUGUUCUGCUGGCUUUUGAUUUGAAAAUAAUCUCUGCUGCAGAAACUGGAGGCAAUUCUACAGUGCCAAUCCUCCCAAAGGCAGGUCAGUGCCCGCGGCUUCUGAACGUGGUGCCAUCACAAAAGGGAUGCUUUUGCGAUGAGGACUGUCCUGGAGAUGACAAAUGCUGCGUAUUUGACUGCGGCGCAGUGUGUGUCCCACCUGCCUUCACAAAGCCUGGAGUGUGCCCUCGCAGACGAUGGGGUUCAGGGAUGUGUGCCGAGUUCUGUUCCAAUGACAGUGACUGCCCCAAUGAUGAAAAAUGCUGCCACAAUGGAUGUGGGCAUGAGUGCAUUGCACCGUACACAGUGAAACCUGGUCGCUGUGCCCUGCCUAAGGGGACCCCCAUGUGUGCUGAGUUCUGUUACCAUGACGGCCAGUGCCCCGAGGAACAGAAGUGUUGCCGGACAACCUGCGGCCACGCCUGCAGUGAGCCCUGCUCAUAGGACAGCAAGGUUUGGGUCUGGAGAGAAGUGACAACACUCAUAGACUCCUCAAAUCAUUUCAAUAAAAAAAAAGAAGAGUUCUCCUCCAAGAAGAGGAAUGCUUGUUGUUUUUUUUAGGGGGAUGUACUUGUUCGUAUUCCAAUCAAUAAAGCGGUAUGUGCAGCCUUUAUAUACAUUCCAGUACAUGUAUUACCUUGUUGGUGGAAAUCUAGUUUCCAGGGUGCCUUUUUAUGCCGGCGCUGAGCUACGACGACAAAUGAUGGAACACACUAAGAAUGGAAAUUGCUCAAGUAUGUAUGUCUUUCCACCAGAUUCAGUGCUUAUUCUUCUAUUUGGUCAGGGAUUUGUCUGGAGCACUCAGGUUUCUAGUAUUACUACACCUCCCCCAACUCUGCACAACGUUUCUGUGUUCCCUGCCAGUGUAUACCCACUUCCCAGUCUAAAUGGACUGAGUUCAGCAGAGCUAUUAAACCGGACAUGACCCUCAUUAGCCCUGUUUAUACCUGGUUCUAACAUGCAUCCUUUGUCCUGAUCCUGCCCACCGCCGGAGGUAGUCAGGCACGCAUUUGUAGACGGCUCUGGUCAGUGAAACCAUUUAAAUCAUCAUUAUCCUGCCCUCUAUCAUUUACAGGUGGCACAAUAGACUUGUGGCAUCAAUAUGUACAUUUAAAUAAACAUUAUAUUAUAAGAAUAUCAGUCAAAUAAAUUGCAUACAGGGAUAGACCAGGAAAUCUGGUCACAAUGCGUACACCUUGGACAGAUAGGAGACACAUUUUAAUACCACGUGCAGACAGAUGUCUGAAAAUGUGGGCACAAUCUGAAUGUGGAGAAGAUCAGGACCCAGCACGUCUGUUAGCGGCAGGUAUAAACAAGGCUUUUUAUUUGGAAUGCUGAGGGCUUUUUUCCCCCCACUCUAGUGCCAAACACGUGCGAGAGGAAAUUGCUGACUUGCAAAGAAAGAGACCUCUGUGUGUCUGUGUUCUGUUGGAACUUGGCAGGAGUGAGGCCAAGCUUGUUUAUAGAGAAAAGAAUCAUCCGCUCCCUCCCCUUCACAUACACACUUCCACAGCUGAGGCAAGUGAGAUGGGAUACAGAAAGUGAACUGGGUGUAUUAAAAUAGACUAGGGAAAGUGUCUGCUCCAUUUUAUCUGAUAAAGUAGACCAUGAUAUCUGUUCAUGAUACAUUUCUAUCUGAAAUGUUCUGUAAUGGCGGCAGGUAGCCUAGUGGUUAGAGUGUUGGACUAGAAGCCAAAAGGUUGCAAGAUCGCAUCCCCGAGCCGACAUGGUAAAAAUCUGUUGUUCUACCCUGGUUAUGAAAAUCUGUUGUUCUGCCCUAGUUAGCCUAGGAACAAGUGGGUUGUCAUUGAAAAUAACAAUUAGUUCUUAACUAAUUUGCCUAGUUAAAUGAAGGUAUAAUACAUUUUUUAAAUGA